UGGGUUUCAGUCAUUCCACAACUCAGUCUCAAGCAAGCAACAUUCAAAAUUCCUAGUGUUAGUGUUCGGACGAAAUAAGUGAUUUAUCGGAUCGUGAUAUUUUAGUAAAAAUUCGAAAAAGCAAAAAAAAAAGCUGCGAAAUGCAUGUGGUUGGGGCUCUAGUCAAUCUGCUGCUGAUCUCGGCCUGCAUCUACGCGAUGUACUCGCUGACCCCGGCGGACCAUCCGUACGGCUAUUUGGCGGCAUCGUUUAGCCUGGUCCAUGGCCUGCUGGGCCUGGUGCGCUCCUACACGGAGGAGCCCGACGAGUGUGGGCGCACCUUCAUGAUCUCGGCCAGCAUUCUGGAGGUCAUCCCGCUACCGCUGGCAAACAUCGAGUUCUACCUGGUAUCCGAUCAAUCGGGAGUGGCGCUGGUGCAUGGCCUAUCGUUAAUCCCACUGUUCUACGACAUGAUCGGUAAGAUGGGCGACGACUGGGACAGUUCCACGGAGACGCUCAAGGAUCUCGCCCUGCUGGGCAACAUUGGGUCCACCCUGUAUCUGGCGAUCAAUAAUGGUAAUCAUCUGUACUUCGGCGUGGCGGCCACCGCUUUCAUGGCCCGAUAUGGAGCAGCCCUGGCCGAUCGCUUCGUCGAGGGCUUCGGCGCCCAAGUGGCCACCCUGGGAAAUGCUGGAAUCCUGGCCCUUAUGACCUACGCACUCACCGAGGGUUAAUCGCUUAAACUUCAAAUUGAUUCUUUCGGGGAAUAAACAAAAAAUCUAACUAAA